AACAAGAAAAAUGGUGUGUUUGCAGCCAUGUUACUUCCAUUGUGCGAAGGCCACUACCAUAUACUUUCUAGUCCCUGGUUCCAUCGAGGCGCGUACGAUAGGGCGUAGAAUCCUUAUUCAUUCGCGCAGCAACAGUCUUCCAACGCGAAGCUACCAGCAGCAUCAAGUUGCCCGAUCCUUGACGGACAUACGACAAUAGUGCACAUGCAUUUCAAGACACCUUGUGCUGUACUCCGUACUGCAAACUAGCGAGCGAGAGCGAGGUACUUUAACAAGACCCAACGAGACACAAGACGAUAGGAGGCGGCGAAUCCUCGAUAAAGCCAAGCGUGGUGGAUACUAAGCAAAUGCUGAAGU